AUGCCUCCCCCAGAUCCGCGAGCCAAGCUCCGGUCGAAGCCACCAGCAACCGACUACAAGAGUAUUGCAGCUCAAUUCGCUGCGGCAAAACGCGCCAAAGAGCUGGAGGAGGCCAAUCGAAAAGCUGAUGACCCUUUCGAUGAGCAGCAGAAGUCGAGCGUCGCUCAGCGACAACGCGAAGCCCUCGAGGCGCGACGCAAGAAGUCGUACGAGCGGAGAUGGGCUUGGACGGUUGGGUUCUGGGUGUGGAUGCUGUGCAUCCACGUCGUUGGCAUUGCAUACUUCACCUCCGGCUUUCUUCUGACGCGUCUGGUGCUGGAUGAGAAGAGCAGCUGUGCAGUGUCGCCUGUAGAGGGCAGCGAGAACAUAAUUCCGGCCUGGAAGGGGCGGGGCACGGUGGAAGGCGGAUGCUGGCACCCAAAGACUUUCGAGCGAGCCGUGGUGGUCUUGAUUGAUGCUCUGCGGUAUGAUUUCACAGUGCCAGUCGAGGAUGACGCCGAGUUCCACAACGCGUUCCCUUUCUUGUACGAAACCGCUGUCAACAAACCCAACCACGCUUUCCUUCGACCGUUUAUCGCCGAUCCUCCUACGAGUACAUUGCAAAGGCUGAAGGGUCUAACGACUGGAACGUUACCUGUUUUGCUUGAUUUGGGGAGUAGCUUUGCUGGGACCGCUAUCGAUGAAGACAAUCUACUCAUUCAGCUGCGGGACGCGGGCAAGCGUAUAGUUCACCUUGGAGACGACACCUGGGAUGCUCUGUUUCCAGACUACUUUUUGGGUAAUCUGAGCAGAUCAUAUGAUAGUUUCAACGUCUGGGAUCUGCAUACAGUGGAUAAUGGCGUAUUGGAGCAUAUAUUCCCCUUGAUGAAGUCCGGCAGGGCAAACGAGUGGGAUGUCCUUAUUGGUCAUCUUCUUGGUGUUGAUCAUGCGGGUCAUCGUUAUGGACCGGCACACCCAGCAAUGAGAAGUAAGCUACAACAAAUGGAUGGGUUCAUCCGAGAGCUUGUAGAGACAAUAGAUGACGAUACUUUGUUGAUCGUGAUGGGCGAUCAUGGCAUGGACAGUAAAGGAGACCAUGGGGGGGAGAGCGAGGACGAGGUCGAGGCUGCAUUGUGGAUGUACUCAUCCAAGCCAGUCUUUGGUCGGACAAAUCCCGAGUUCGUCACGCCCCCUGAGACAGCCAAAAUGCGCCCUGUCAACCAAAUUGAUCUUGUGCCCACUCUUGCCCUUCUUCUCGGCACGCCUAUUCCUUACAACAACCUUGGCGGGCCAAUUGAGGAAGCUUUUAUCGGUAGAAGCGGAGAUGCUUGGGCCAAUCUAGCAGCAGCUUCAAGAGUUACUGCUGCAGGUAUCAAUCGAUACCAAGCAUCGUACUAUGCUGCGCGUGGGAUGGAACAAAAUUUGGUUUCUGGGUCACCCGCUGAUCUGUAUAAUACCGCAGAGAAAGGUCUCAAGGACGACCCUAAAGGGAAAUCCCUGGCUCUUGCUCAUACAGCCUUUUCAGCUUAUCAGCACGAGAAUCUCAGUGUUGGUAAAAGCCUUUGGGCGAGAUUUGACCUUAGAGCUAUGGUCAUGGGAGUUUCCAUUAUGGCUGCUGGUGUAGUCGUGCUGCUAUUAUACGUCGCUCGAGACGAUGAAGACGACUUUGCUGACUUGGACGAUUUGGAACUCGACAUUGCGGAGAAGAAACUCGAGAUCGAAGCUCCAUGGCAGCUCGUCAUUCCCUUCGCUGUCUUCGCCAUUCUUCCCUCUAUCAUCAAAGCAUACUAUCUACCUACCCGAUCUUAUGAAGGACUGGCGCCCACUUGGAUCGGCUACGUCCUUCGCACGGGACUAUUUAUGUCAGCGGCAUACUGGACAUUGAACUCUGCGGACGAUGGUAACUGGAUCCCGGGCUUGCCUGAAGGCACUUUGAAAAACAUCCGAGUGUACAUUGCACAGGUAGUACUCGCCCUUGCCUUAGUCGCGGGAACAACAGCAUUUAUAUGGGCUCCACCUUGUAUUUCUAUAUUUACAACAUCGAACAACAACUGGGCGCAAGUCACAGUUUUGGGCUACGGAAACGCAAACGGCGCCCGCUAUCUCCUACUACCCAUUAAUAUCAUGGGGGCUUGUAUCCUUCUAUCCAAACCUGUGGGCGGUGGUGCGAUGGCCCUGAUGAUGUGGCAAGUCAUGUCACUCGUCGAAAUACUCGAUCUCAACUCGCUUACAACCGAGACCAUUGGCCCUGUAAUGCUAGGAAUUCUAGGCAACUAUUACUUCUUCAAGACGGGCCACCAAGCUGCACUCAGUACGAUACAAUGGGAUGCUGCAUUCAUCCCAUUAUUCACAAUCCGCUAUCCAUGGAGCCCGAUCAUCAUUGUCCUUAACACCUUCGCGGGCCAGAUCCUCGCGGCGGUUUCCGUCCCGCUGAUCUCCCUCUGGAAGGUUGGACCGAAGCGAAAGGGUGUCCUGGAGAGCGUCAGUCGUAGCCUUGGCGUCUUCAUUGCCUACUUCGCCGUUGAGGCUCUAGCGACCAUGGCAUGGUCUGGAUGGCUGAGGAGACAUCUCAUGCUCUACCGUGUCUUCAUGCCCCGUUUCAUGACGGCGGCCAUUCUUCUCCUAAUUGUUGACUUUAUUGGCAUAGCGGCAACGCUGACCGGCGUACGAUCAAAUACCAUGGCUAUCAGUGAGGUUUUUGGCUGGGCGGAUUAG